AUGGCUGAUGGACCACCUGGCCAAGAUGCCGCCCAAAGCGAGCCUCCGCCUUGCUAUAAUUGUGGCGUGAAGGGUCACAUGUUUAUGGCAUGUCCUGAACCUGCGAGAGCAACACCCGCCGGGUUGGAGGCAGCACGAGCUCGCAAGCAGUCUGGCAGCUAUGAUCGUGGGGAUGGGGAUGGCGGCAGCAAGCGACAUAAGGGCCCCAUUGUGACGCGUUAUGCUCAACCUGCCAGGCCUGGUCCUGUCAUCACUCGGUACGAGCCUCCGCCACCUUCACAGCAGUAUUCCCAUGGCCCUGGUCAAAGUUAUCCGCCUAUACCGCUGCCUUUGCCUCUGCCCCCACCCCCGCCUUCAUCACAGCAGCAGUAUCCCCCAGCAUAUUCAUUAGGAUAUCCACCUCAACGACCAUAUAACACCUUCGGUCCACCUGGUCUACCGCCGCCACCGCCGCCGCCACCGGGAGCUCCUCAUCUGUAUGGGCCACAGCCUUACGGUCAACCCCCUUUCAAUUCGCUCUACGGCCCUCCUGGUGCCCACGGUCUACCGAUCCCUCCUCCUGGCCAGUUUCAAAGAGGCCCUCCACCUCCAUACCCGCCGCCCCCCCAUUACCCUCUUCAGCCACCGGCCUAUGGUUACCCAGGUCCACCUCAAGGACCUGCACCAGGCUACGCGCCGCCGCCUAGCUCCGGGUCGUAUCCUAACCAUGCCUCGCCGGGCUACCUACCAUACCCCCCUAACUUACCACCGAACUUUCAACCACCGUAUCAUGAUGACCACACUGCGCCUCAUUUCGAGAAUGGCCACGAACGUCAUCGUGACGACCAUCCCUCGAGGGAGAGAUGGGAUGACCGCCAUGGCAGUGCCCAAAGCCACAACGAACUAGGUAGAAACCACCCCAAUGCUGAUAGGUAUAACGGCUGUGAGCGUCGAGGUGAUCGCAGACCUCAUGAUCGGCAAGGCAACAACAGAUUCGGCAAUGAACGUCGUCGAGAUCAGCGGGGUCGCCGCGACAACCGGGAUCGACGUCGAGACCGGCCUCGGUCACGCAGUCCUUCUGGAAGCACACCUGGCGGCAAUCAGCAUAGCUCUCUAACACUCAACACCCCUUCUCAAUCUACCCCUAUUGACCCUGCAGUCGCGUCCGGCGUGGAAGUAUCAGGUCCAGAAGGAACAAGCCAUUUCACAGCUGCGGAGGAAUCUGUCACCGAUGAAGACAAGUCGGAAAGUGAGGAUGGCGAGCUUCAACCGGGCGCACCAGACGAGGAUUUGCCGUAUCCCGAGUUCGCUUGGGAUAAAGCAACGAUAUUCAAGGAGAUAUCACCGGCCCACAAGGGAGAUUCCAUUGGAGAGCCUUUGCCUGCAGAACAUACUGACAGGAUCAUGCUGCCACCCCCUUUCAAUGCCCCUUUCGUCAAGUCCAAGCAUAUAACGCCAGAUAACCUGGACGAUUUCGCACUAAGCGUGCGUGAUACAGAUGAAUGGCAGAAACUGAAACACCAUCCAGCGUUCCUCGAUGUCAAAGCAAUCACUCCCCAGAGCUUGGAAGUCUACGCGUCCAUCUCUGGCAAGCCUCGCGGCCGUAAGGAUGACCGACGAGACCGCUCUGGCCAGUCGAAAAAUCCGGGUAAAAACUGGAACAAAGACCGCGGGCAGUUUGCACGGGAUGGUAGGGACAGUCGUCGGAGGUCAGAGGGUAAACGAAAGCGCAGAUGGGAGGAUUCCCAACCGCAGUUUGAAGCUAGCAAUCCUGAUUGCCACCAGACUGGCCAAACACCCGAGUCAAAGAAACGAAGGCAAAUGUCCCCGGAGCCUGGUGAGGUGACCGAUUCGGGCUCGCCGCCCAGUGAUUCCUCCCGGCAGGCAGCAACGAACAUCCGGGGUGAUGGCGCUGCACAGGCAGCUGAGGCGAGCGACAUAUCCAAUAAAACUCACGCACGCUUGGAUUCGCAAGCGGGCAGGUCAGGUGAGCGCCGAUUUUCUGACCAUGACUGGCCCACCUAUCGCCUUGAUUCAAAUAUACCAUACGAAGGCUACGGGGUGUCUAGGAGGCAACAUGAGCGCCAAUCAGACCCGAGGCGGUACCGGGAGGGUCACUUGACUUCUCAAAGUUAUCAUGACUACUCAGAACCACGGAGGCAUGGCGAGGAGGACAAUAAUGACCGUGACUAUCACAGAAGAAACACACGGUCGAGAAGUUUUGAACCCAGAAGACGUAGCGAUGGGUUUCAUGCAACGAAUACUAAGAACUCGGAAAAGGAUAUCCAUUAUGAGGUAUCCCAUACACCGCCGCCACAAUCUAAAGAAUCCCUCCACGGCAGUCGUCCUACUAGCCGGCAUUCGUCUUACGACCGGCUUUCGGAGGGUUCUGCCGCAUCCCCCUUGACCCCUAUUGAGGCUGAGCUACUGGGUAUGGGAGAUAGUGACACCGACAGUGGUAAAAGAUCACCAAUUCGCCAACCAGAACCGGCGCCAUUGAAGAAGAAACGUCAGACGAAGGUUGAUGCGGCAUACAGCCGUCGAUGGUAG